AUGCCUUCUCACAAGACUUUAAGGAUCAAGCGAUUACUGGCCAAGAAACAAAAGCAGAAUCGCCCCAUUCCCCAAUGGAUUCGAAUGAAAGCUGGUCAUAAAAUCAGGUACCACUCCAAGAGAAGACACGGGAGAAGAACCAAGCUGGGUCUAGAAGGAGCCUCAAAUAUGAAGUGGCACACAUUUGACAGCAAGAUGAGGGACUGA